CGAACGAAUCCCCUCUUCUAUCUCCGCACCCUUCCGUUCCUUUCUCUUGUUUUUUCUCUCUGCCAACUCCUGUUAUGGUAUGGCCCAUAACUUAUGAAUCCACCGAGCGAGUGUGUCACGCACAGCAGAAUUUACGACGAUAAGCAAUUUCAAGUUUACAAUUCCUAAUUUCUAAUUCCUAUUCCCCUGCUUUCUAGGGAUUUGAUUUCAAUCCCUAAUUCGGUUAUUCCAAUCUCUCCCUCCCUUUACCAUGGAUGCUGAAGACGAGGAAGCUCAACACCUACAACACUCUUAUCCACUCCCAUACCUCUCUACCACUUCACCACAAUGCCACAGCACUGGAGUGGAGCCGGUUGAUGCGGCCACCACAGCCGAUAAUAGAGAAACUCUUGUUGGAGAAGCGGAACAGGCGGCGGUUGCAGCCAAUUCGGGCGAAGCGGUUGAAGAGGCGGUGGAGGAGACAGAGAUUGGGGAUUCGGGAAACGCAGGAGAAGGAGAAAUGCAAGUGGUGGAAGAUAAGGUUGUUGGCCCUGAGGUUGUAGUUAAAGGUGAUGAUGUGGAGAAUGGAGAGGGCCAACAAGAAGAGGAUGAGAUUAUGGUGGAGGCAACCGGCGUGGCGAAGAUGGAAAAGGAGGAAGCUCCGUUGGUAGAUGAGCACGAAAUCAGGGAUGGUGAGGAUAACGUAGUGGAGCAGACGGAGGUACCAAAUGAAGCUGCUUCCGUGGUAGAAAGAGAACAAGGGCAAGAAAAAGAAGAUGCAGAAGAAGAACAGGAGGAGGAGGAGGAGGAGGAGGCGGGUGGGGAGCAAGAAGCUGAUGCUGCUAGCGGUAUGGCAAAUGAAGCUGCUUUAUUGGAAGAAGACGAGCAAGUACUAGGACAGCAGCACGAGAAUGCAGGCGCCGAUGUUGUUGUUGGUGGUGUAGCUAAUGAAUUCAUCGAAGUGCACGAAGAAGGACAACAACAACAACAACAAGAGGAACAAGAGGAUGCUGAUGCUGGUGGUGGCUUGUCAAAUGAAGCUGCUUUCAUGGAAGAGCAAGAAGAAGCAGAGAAACAAGGAGAAGAUGAAGAAGAAGAACAAGCUGCUGCCAGUGAUGAUAUAGCAAAUGAAGCUGCUUUGACAGUAGAUCAGGAAGAAGAACAAGCCGAUGCUGGUGGUGAUAUGACAAAUGAAGCUGCUUUCACGGAUGAACAUGAAGAAGAAGAAGAAGAAGAGGAAGAAGAUGGCGGUGGCAGUGUUGGGCGCAUGGGAGAAGAGACAGAGCCCACUGAAGGGACAGAAGAAACGGAGGAGCAGAGUAGAAGUGUGAGUGGUGGGAAGAGGAAGCGCGGAAGUGGGAAAAAUUCAAAGUCCACAGGGAGAGCCCCAUCAAGGAAAAAGAUGGAAGAGGAUGUUUGUUUCAUUUGCUUCGACGGGGGUGAGCUUGUUCUUUGUGACCGCAGGUGGUUCAGAUGGCAUAUUUGCAGCAACUGUGAGAAGAAUGCUUACUACAUGUGUUAUACAUGUACGUUCUCUUUGUGCAAGGGAUGCAUCAAAGAUGCUGUUAUCUUAUGUGUUAGGGGAAACAAGGGCUUUUGCGAGACAUGCAUGAGAACUGUAAUGUUGAUUGAACAGAACAAUCAUGAAAACAUGGGACAAGUGGAUUUUGAUGACAGAAGCAGCUGGGAGUAUCUCUUUAAGGACUAUUACUUAGAUCUAAAAGAAAAGCUAUCCCUGACAUUCGAUGAACUCACACAAGCUAAAAAUCCUUGGAAGGGAUCUGAUAGGCUUCCUUCUAAAGAGGAAUCAGCAGAUGAACUUUUCGAUGCCAAUAAUGAUAGAGGAUCUGAUUCAGAUAGCUCAUAUGAGAAUGUAGAUUUGAGUCGUUCCAAAAGAAGAAAGGGCAAGAAGCGGACAAAGUCCCGUUCCAGGGAAGGGACUUCAUAUACUUCUGUGGAUGGAGCAUCUGCAGAUGAAACCUCUGAGUGGGCUUCAAAAGAACUUUUGGAGUUUGUCAUGCACAUGAGAAAUGGAGACAGAUCCAUUUUGUCACAGUUUGAUGUGCAGGCUCUUCUGUUAGAGUAUAUUAAAAGAAAUAAACUUAGAGAUCCUCGUAGAAAAAGUCAAAUCAUUUGUGAUACAAGGCUUCAAAAUUUGUUUGGUAAACCAAGAGUGGGACAUUUUGAAAUGUUAAAGCUUCUUGAAUCCCAUUUCCUUCUAAAAGAAGAUUCUCAAACUGAUGAUAUGCAGGGAAGUGUUCUUGAUACUGAAAUUAGUCAUUUGGAAGGUGAUGGCAACUCUGAUUCAUAUGUGAAAGCUGGCAAAGAUAAGAGACGUAAAACUCGCAAAAAAGGUGAUGAAAGAGGACUUCAAACUAAUGUGGAUGAUUAUGCAGCUAUUGAUAAUCAUAAUGUUAAUUUAAUAUAUCUCCGACGUAAUUUGGUGGAAGAGCUACUUGAAGAUACAGAAAAGUUUCAUGAUAGAGUUGUUGGCGCUUUUGUGAGAAUAAGGAUUUCAGGUAGUGGCCAGAAGCAAGACUUGUACAGGCUGGUUCAGGUUGUAGGGACUUGCAAAGCAUCAGAACCAUAUAAAGUUGGUAAAAGGAUGACAGAUUUCUUGCUAGAAAUCUUAAAUUUAAACAAGACAGAGAUUGUAUCCAUUGAUAUUAUCUCAAAUCAGGAGUUCACAGAGGAUGAAUGCAAGCGACUCCGCCAAAGCAUAAAAUGCGGGCUCAUAAAUCGUCUGACACUGGGUGACAUUCAGGAAAAAGCUUUGGCACUUCAGGCAGUUAGAGUGAAUGAUUGGUUAGAAACAGAGAUAGUGCGGUUAAGUCAUCUCCGUGACAGAGCCAGUGAGAAGGGACGCAGAAAAGAGCUCAGAGAGUGUGUUGAGAAGUUGCAACUUCUGAAGACUCCCGAAGAACGACAACGCAGAUUGGAGGAAAUUCCAGAAAUUCAUGUGGAUCCUAAAAUGGAUCCAAGUCAUGAAUCUGAAGAAGAUGAAGAUGAAAUGGAUGAAAAACGACAAGAAAACUACAUGAGACCUAGAGGACCUGCUGCAUUUGGAAGGAGGGGGAGAGAGAUUAUUUCUCCUAGGAGUGGUCCUAUUUCGAGUGAUUCCUGGAGUGCGACACGGAAUUAUUCUAAUGUGAAUCGUGAACUUAGUAGAAAUCUGUCGAACAAGGGGUUUUCAAGCAAAGGCGAUGAUGUUUCUAUUGCUAAUGAAGUACUAAAUGAUGCUCAAUUACCCCAGGGAAGGGAUUGGGGUUCACAAUCUAGUGGCCUGGAGAGGCAGAAGCUAUCUUCAAGCUUUGAAAGUGGUACUAAAAGUAACCAGCUGUUAUCAACACCUGAUCAUUUUUCUGCUGCUUUAUCAGAAACUUCUGCAGUGUUGUCUUCUGUGGGAGCUGCUCCGCCAGCUAUGAAAAUAAAUGAAAGUGAGUCGAUGCUCUUAACCGAUGCCUUAGCAGGAAAAUUUCCUACUGAACCAUCAAUGCUGGAUAAAACUCCUGCUAAGGCUCAAUCUGUGAUUGAUCCACAUUACUCAUCUUCAUACUCUGGCAAGUCUCAUUUGGCGGUACAAGCUAUGGAAGGUCAAGCUGGAGGAAGACCAUCAUUUGAUCAUAAUAGUGGAUCACAUAAUCCUCUUGGUUCUCCUGGACAAAAUGCUGGAGGAAGUUGGAGAUCUAAAGAUACCAUGAAUUCUUUAGCAAGUCGACCUUCAUUGGCAGUUGAAGUUCCCAAGAAUCUGGCAAAUGGUUGGGGUUCUGAUGCUGGACUCAGAAAUGAAGCAACAAAUCUUCCUUCACCUACACCCCAGACUGCUUCAGGUGGGACCAAGAUGCAGGCUUUUGAAAAUAAAUGGUCUCCAACUCCAACCCCUGUCCUAUUGGCUGGCUCUCUCUUAGGAAAUUCACUCCCCAUUGGGCCUGAAAGUCGUUCAAGUUCACAACCUGGAAUGAUAUCAGCUUCUAAAUCAGAUAAUAAUCAAGUACAUGUUCAUGCAGCAUUACCUGCGAUUGCUUCAGGUGUUGACAUUCAGACAGCAGGUGUACACUUGCAAAGUCAGAGUGUCAGUAACCAUACCUCCCGUGCCGAAGGCCAUCAAGGGUGGGGCUCUGGUACGGCUCCAAAGCCUGAAGUACAGACGUGGGGAGGUGCUCAACCUCAAAGGAUAGAACCAAAUAAUCCAGUUACUAUGCCUGCACAGCCAGCUUCCCAUGGUCACUGGGUUGAUACUACAUCCGUCCAGAACUCUGCCUCAUAUAGCAAUGGAAAUCCUAAUGGGGCCUUCUCUACACCGAGCUUUCCAGGCAUGACUACACCUACACCUACACCUACACCUGAACCAUGGAGACCGCCAAGUUCAAAUAGUCAGUCAAACAUAGCAGCAGCAGCACCAUCCAAUGUACCUUAUGCUGGUUGGGGUAUGCCAGGAAAUCAGAAUAUUAACUGGAGUGGACCUCUACCUGCAAAUGUGAACGUAAACUGGAUGCCUGGACAGGGGCCAGGACCCAGUAAUGCAACUCCAGUAUGGGGUGCUCCUAGCCAGGGACCACCUGCGGCAAAUGCUGUUGGCUGGGUUGCACCUGGUCAAGGACGUCCGCAUGUAAAUGCAAAUGCAGGUUGGGUUGCACCUGGUCAAGGGCCAACGGUGGGAAGUACUAAUCCUGGUUGGGGUUCUUCAUCUGGAAAUCCAGGCACGUGGGGUGGCGAGCAAAGUCGCAAUGGGGAGAGAUUCCACAGCCAGGGCGAUCGUGGAACACAUGGUGGAGAUUCUGGUUAUGGAGGUAAAUCCUGGAACAGGCAAUCAUCAUUUAAUGGCAGCGGAAGAGGAGGUUCUUCCAGGCCUUCUGUUGGGGGACAAAGAGGAGUAUGUAAGUUCCACGAGAGUGGACAUUGCAAGAAGGGGGCUUCCUGUGAUUUUAUGCACACUUAAAAAGUUGUAGGUUAAUUAGCUUCAGAGAAACAUGUCUUAUUGUACAGUAUUUUCCCAUUUCAUGGCUUAACGUUGUACAAGGGUGCCUUCAUGUAUGUAGCACUUGUGCAUUGUAGCCCCUCGUUUAUCUCUGUUUUGUUGCCCUUUUCUUUUCGAUUUUUUUGAGGCCUUGUAUUAUUGAGUUUCUUGGAGUUGGUUGAUUCGAGAGUAGUUACAGAAGUCGACACGCCCUCUAGAUCAGUAAUAAUGAUGAGGGACAGUUAACAGUUAA